AUUAUUUAUUAAGUACGUUGGAUAAAUAAACAAGUUCAAUAUAAUCACCUCGGUUAUUAGAUCUAAAAUUAGGUUGGGGAAAAAGAAAUCCAUUAUUUUUUCACUAGAUGGCUGUAGUAAUACAUAUCUCAUAAAAUAUUGAUGACACAAGUUCAGACUUGUGCUUAUUGGAAAAGUGACAUUCUGUACUAAAAAAAAUUCUUUUACAGUUUUUUGAUUGGUCAAUUCAGUUGUGAGUUAUAGGGUGUAAAAGAUGGAAGUUAACAAAGAGAAAAUUAGGUAUGUUUUACAAUUUUGCUUCGAUAAAGGCGAAAAUGCAAGCCAGGCAGCUGAAAUUGUGAAUGGUGUUUAUGGUCCUGAUACUGUCACAGCCAAUUAUGUGCAAUUUUGGUUUCGUCGGUUCCGUUCUGGUAAUUUCGAUGUUAAAGAUGCACCUCGCACAGGUAGGCCCGUUGUCGAAAAUGUUGAUAAAAUCAUGGAAAUGAUAGAAGUAGACUGGCACGUUAGCACUCGUAGCAUUGCCCAGGAGCUAAAGAUUGACCACAAAACAGUUUUAAACCAUAUGCAUAAAGCUGGAUUCAAAAAAAAGCUUGAUGUUUGGGUGCCACACGAAUUGACAGAAAAAAACUUGAUGGAUCGAAUUUCCAUCUGCGAAGCCUUGGCCAAACAGAACGAAAUCGACCCAUUUCUUAAACGGAUGGUGACUGGGGAUGAGAAAUGGGUUACAUAUGGCAAUAUUGUGCAAAAACGAUCGNAUUUAAUUGGAAGUUUUUUUUAUAGCCUUUUUUCUCCUAAAAGAGGAGAAAAAAGUUUAAAUUAG